CUUUUUUAUGUAGUUCUAUGAUAACAGCGCUCUUUACUUUUUUUGAUAGGAUGCUCCUUUUGUAAUGGAAAACAAAGAUGGCAAGUUGGAAGGCUUUAGUAUUGAUCUUAUCGAUAAAAUCGCAGAGAUGCUCUCCUUCAGAUAUGAGGUUUAUCUAAGCCCUGACGGUUUAUAUGGAGGUUGGAACGAAGAAACAGGCUAUACGGGCAUAGUUGGAGAGGUCACAAGUAAUCACGCAGACUUGUCUACCUCUCCGCUGACCAUCAACUCUGAGCGACUGCAGGUGCUUGAGUUCAGCAAACCUUUCAUGCAGUUUACGAUGAGUUUAAUCAGCAAGAAAUUGGACACUAAUGACCACGAUCUAACAACCUUCAUGCUACCAUACUCCACAACAGUCUGGCUUGUAACACUUGCCUGUCUUCUUUUUGUGACAGUCUUAAUGUACCUGGUAAAUUUAUUCAGCCCUUAUGGUCACCGAUCGAGCCAUAUGCAUUACGGAGAGACUGGGGAAGAGUUUGACUUCUUCAAUAGUUUAUGGUUUUGUCUCGCUUCCAUGUUACAACAAGGCGCAGAUCACACGCCCAAAUCACUGUCAGGUCGUGUCCUCGCUGGUUGCUUUUGGUUUUGUAUACUGAUUUGGAUCUCAACCUACACCGCCAAUUUAGCUGCUUUCUUCACUGUACGCAACAGCGAAAGACAAAUCAACACAUUGGAAGACGUCGUGGAAGGCGAUUAUCCAUUUUAUGUCAUGCGCGAUAGUGCUAUUCACGAGUUCUUUCGAGUGGCCGAGUAUCACACAUACAGAAAACUCUGGGAACGUAUGAACGCCGCCAGCACAUUCGUGAACUCUACCGGCGAGGGAUAUGAGAUCACAAGGAAAGUUGAAAAUGCUGUGUUUAUGGCAGAGAAACCAUCAACCGAAUACGUCAUUAUGCAAAAACCGUGCGAUUUAAGAACUGGUAAGAAAACACUUUUUACCCGAAUUCAAACAUUUUAACCCAAAAAUGCAAAACGCACACAA